GUUUACUGUUAUAUAGUUAGCUUUAGUAAACUAUUUUUUUCUAUUUUACUAGAAAAAAUAUAUAUAAUGUCUAAUAUUGCUCUUGGAAGGCUUUCAGAAGAGAGAAAAGCAUGGAGAAAAGAUCAUCCUUUUGGAUUUGUUGCAAAGCCUGUUAAGAAUACAGAUGGCACAUUAAACUUAACCAAUUGGGAGUGCUCUAUACCUGGUAAAAAAGGAACAAUAUGGGAAGGUGGUGCAUAUUUUUUACGGAUGAUAUUUAAAGAUGAUUAUCCUUCUACUCCUCCAAAGUGUAAAUUUGAACCCCCCCUUUUCCAUCCAAAUGUAUAUCCCUCUGGCACUGUUUGUUUAUCUCUUUUGGACGAAGAUAAAGAUUGGCGUCCAGCUAUAACCAUCAAACAAAUUUUACUUGGCAUACAAGAUCUGCUUGUUGCACCAAAUGUCAGAGAUCCCGCUCAAGCUGAGGCAUAUACCAUAUAUUGUCAAGAUAAACAAGAAUACGAAAAGCGAGUUAAGGCACAAGCCAAAAAAUUUGCAGCAAAAUAAUCUUUGGUUGUUUCUCGUAUAAAAAAGACGUUUAUCACAAAACGAACGAUUUGAUGCAGAGAAUAACACUUCUAAUUUAAAAAAAUGAUGUUUGUAUCAUCUGGAAGUCCUUGUAAAUUCGAAUGACUGUGUCACAAUCAUAUAUUCAUUAUAAAUA